AUGCCGGACAGGAGUCCGAUGUCGGGUACUUCAGCUAGUAAUGAUGAAUCUGAUGAUGAAAAUGAGACAGACUCAGUUUGUCCAAGUCAAGAAAGCUAUCAUAGUCUUCAUAAUUCCGAUAAUGAAUAUGAGCUUCUAAAUUAUGACGAAACUUAUGCAUAUAGUAAGUUAAAUCCAUUUACGAAAGUGAAUUCUAAAUUCCCAAGUGUAAUUGCUUUUAGAAGAGCAUUGAAUCAUUAUGCACUAACAAAUGAAUUUGAGUAUGUCAUUGAGAAAAGUGAUUUGACAAGACUUACCGCAUGUUGUGGAGAUAAAAAGUGUAAGUGGAGAAUUCAUGCUUCUCUUACACAAGAUGGGGUUACUUUUGAAGUAAGUAAAGAAGUUAUAGAAACUCAUUCUUGUACUCGAAGCAACAAGAGCGGUAACAAACAUGCCACUCAAGGAUGGAUUGAUGAUGUUGUUACCGACAAGUUGAAAUCUGAAGGCGAUGUCUCUCCUGCCGACCUAAAAAAGUGGCUUAUGCAUACCUACAAUGUUGAAGACCAUAUAUGA